GCACGUGCGUGCGCGCGCGCGUUCGCGGCUCCACCGCCGAGCGACCGCGGGAAAAUUCCAAAAAAAAAAAAAAAAAAAAAGUCAAAACAAAACAAAAAGCCACGUUAAAGAGGCAACGCCAAACUUUCAAGCCACAGAGCCCGGGCGGUGGCUUCGUCUCCGCCCCUGCCCAAACUGCUGAAGCAGCUCUGGCGAGGACCACCCGCUUUGAUGUGUGCUCACCUUGUACUCUGUGAAGGGACAUCAGCUUUCUCCCUUGGCUGGGAUGGCUCAGCAUUCUGUAAGCCUGGCUUCUGAGUGUCAGUUUUGGAUGCAGAAGCUUUCUGAAUGGGACCAGGCCUCCACUUGGGAAACCCAGCAGGAUACCUGUCUUCAUCUCCCUCGUUUCCAGGAGUUCCUGAGGCAGACGUAUGAAGCCUUGAAAGAGAUGGAUUCUAACACAAUUAUGAAAAGAUUCCCCACAAUUGAUCAACUGUUGGCAAAAACUUGCCGGAACCCUUUUAUCUUAGCAUAUGGUGAAAGCCAAAUAAUUCUCAUAUGGUGCUUAUGUUGUCUGAUUAAUAAAGAACCACAGAACUCUGGAGAAUCGAAGCUUAACUCCUUGGCACGGAGUUUGUUAUCUCGUAUACUUUCAGCGAUCAGUUUUGAUAUAAAAGAAGUUGGUCUUUUUGCUCAAGGUCUUGGGUAUGAGCCUGUGGAUUACUAUCCUGGUUUGCUUAGAAAUAUGGUUUUAUCAUUAGUGUCGGAACUCAGAGAGAAUCAUCUUAAUGGAUUUAACACUCAAAGGCGAAUGGCUCCCGAACGAGUAAUGUCCCUAUCACGAAUUUGCAUCCCACUUGUUACUCUGCCAGACUUUGAACCACUGGUAGAGGCUUUGCUUAUCUACCAUGGACAUGAGCCUCAGGAAAUCCUCUGGCCUAAAUUCUUGGAAGCUGUAAAUGAGGCCUUUUUGGGGAAGAAGAUCUCUCUCUCCACGUCGGCUGUGGUCUGCCUUUGGCUCCGGCACCUUCCCAGCCUUGAGAAAGCAAUACUGCGUCUUUUUGAGAAGCUGAUCUCCAGAGAGGGAAACUGUCUGCGAGAGAUCGAAUGCUUUAUAAAAGAAUCACUGCUGGCGCGAGCUGCCUGCCACCCUGCCGUGUUCCGGGUCGUGGACGAGAUGUUCAGGUACGCACUCCUGGAGACCGAUGGAGCCCCAGCAGUAGCAGCCGCUCUCCAGGUGUUCACAAGAUGCUUCGUGGAAGCUCUGGAGGCAGAGGACGAGCAGCCGAAGUUUGCUCUCAAGACCUACUUUCCAUACGCGCCUCCAGCCCUGGCCGCCGCACUGCUGCAGCGCCCCAGAGAUGCCCCAGAGGAGCACUGGCAGCAGCUGCUGGAGCAUGGAUCUGAUCUGCUCAGGCAGCUGAUGGAAGACCAGACGCAGAGGUCUCUCGGAGGCCCCUUUGAGAGCUGGUUUUUGUUCACCCACUUCGGAGGAUGGGCUGACGUGGCGGCCGAGCACUUGCUGAGGUCAGAAGCUGAGCCCCUCGAGGCCUUCCUGUGGCUCCUGGCAUUCUACCACAGCCCCUGUGACGGGAGUCGGCAGAGGGCACAGACCAUGGUGGAGGUGAAGGCGGCGCUCGGCCGCCUCCAGCAGCUGUCCCGAAGCACCACCCUCUCGGCCAGGGACCUGCUGGCGGCUGCCGGGCUGGGUGGGGCCGCAGAGCCUCGCCCGCCUGCCUGCCCAGCGCUCCUCAGGUGCCUCUUGCUGAACUUCCUGCUCUGGGCUCCUACAGGCCACGCGGUAGCGCGGGAAGCCAUCGCCCUGGUGGCGCACACGGAGGAGACGGCCCACGAGAUCAUCAGCUUUCUCGACCGGACCUUGUACAGAUGGGAUCAGCUCUGCAUCGAAGCCCCUGCGUCAAGAACACUAGCCAGAGAGCUCCUUCAGGAGCUGACGAGGAGCUAGCUUGGGUGGGCGCCGUGGGAGGGUCAGGCCUGCCCAGGCCACCCACCAAUUGGUGAAAUGCUUUCUUAGGCUCCUUGUUUGGGCUGGGAGAACAAACAGGAAGCAUCUUGAAAAGUUCUGUUGGCACCUGCUUGACAAAUGAGGAGACAAGGGCUUUGGCCCAGGCUUGAACUCUGCCAUUCCCGAUACCCACUCAGCCCCAUCCAUCAAUGAGCGCGUUACUCAGGGAAAGGCCGGGUGGGGGAACAGCCAUGUCCUCCCUAGCGACAUUAAACCAAAGUGCGUGACAUUUGAACGAGUCAGAGUCUGUGGGCCAGUUCACUGGUCAUGACCAGUGCACUGGCCAGUGCAGAGACUUCAGCCCUUCCCACGUGGGUUUGUAGGGGUCAGGCAGUGGCUAGUGAUACUGCUUUUAGUCCACAGGGAGCUGGGUAAAGCCACACUUAAGAUGUAUUUAUUUGAAAGGCAGUUAGAGAUAAGAGGAGGAAGAGACAGAGAGAGGUCUUUCAUCUGCUGGUUCACUCCCCAGAUGGCCGCAACGGCAGCCAUAGCUGGGCUGAUGCAAAGCCAGGAGCUUCUUCCAGGUCUCCCAUGCAGGUGCAGGGGCCCAAGGACUUGGGCCAUCCUCCGCUGCUUUCCCUGCGACCAGGGCCCUGUCACCAGGGAGACGCGGGAAUGCCUGCAGGGCAGCAACCACCAGGUGACGUGCUGCUUUCCUGUCAGCUGGACCCUGCGUCAGCGUUUGGCUCAACUGCGGGGCACAGCCCACAGCCUCAGCUCACCUGGCCCCAGGGGGGCAGCAGCAGCGCCCACCCCAGACUCCUCCAUUCGCUGCCAAACCCACCUUACAGGACCGCUGCAUGCUUCCUUCCGGAGAGGCCUCCCGGAUGGAAAUGCUGUUGAAGGGCAGUCGGACUUCCCGCACCCUAACAGAACUGGCCACACAGGACUCCCAUGGGAAAGCACGCGGGGACGGCGCCUCCGAAGCCUGCAUCCGGACGACGGCUUGGUCAGCAGUUCGCAGGCCUCACCUCUCCGACACCUUCCCAUGGCUGCUGGGACACCAGGCCUCUCCUCUGGCCAGGGCUCAGCCUUGUGCUGCCUGUGGCUGCCCAGGAGAGCGCUGUGCGCAGGGCUGCAGCCCUGGAUACGCCACGGCCCAUCAGGCCUCCACUCGCAGAACCGCGUCCACCUCGGGCUUCAGCCAGCCAGGGCUGCCCCCGGCCCUCACCGUCCCCCAACCUGCACGCGGUGGUGACUCCGGCUGGCCAGGGACUCAGACCAGACCCGCCCCUGCGCAGCCUUCCCCUUCUCACCCCCACAUCCAGUCCGUUGGGCUGGUCCUGGUUGGGAGUGUGCGUGCCCCACCCCACAGCACUUGCCAUCUGCUCUUAGGCAGCCCCCACCCCCCAGCCUGGGGCACAUUUGCUAAGUGAAGCUGCCCAGGAACUCAGCAUACGAUAAAGGCGGUGUGAGAAACAAAGCUGAGCUCCUUCCUGGCCCAAAGUCAGCAGGGAAGAGUGAGCUGUACCAGAUGGCGGUGUCUGGGGGUCUGUUCCGGCACCAGAGAAGCCCCCAGCAGCCUCCCUGCAGAGGAAGGAGGGGACAGGAGGAAGACAGCGCCAUCCUGGGGAGACGGCGGACUACUCGAAUAAAGCAAGAUGCAGCUUAUGAAGUCAGCAUUUCCCGCCUCCCAGACGUGGAAAGAAUUCUCUGAUCUUUGAUCUGAAGCACGCUGCCGCUCGUCUGGCGUGCAGGCCUGCACGUAAGCCGGAGCCUCACGCAGCCUCCGCACCCACAGCCGCGCCUGGGGCCUGGGGGCAGGCGGGGGUGGGGUAGGGUCACUCCAGAAAAGAGGCCCCAGGCCCUUAGGGGCGGAAAGGGGGCCUGAGGUGCCCCCUCCCCACAGCCCUGCCACACUUCUGCAGGGCCUCCAGGGUUGGGGACCCUUUCUGAACUCAGUGCAAAGCCCAGAAGCCAGUGCAGAAUGGGUCGCCAUCGCUGAAAUCGACCCUGCAGAAACACACACAGGACCACCCCACACAUCUUGACACCCAUAGCACACUGGGGAGAAUCAUUGGCGACACAUAUGGCCAAGGACUCACUGUCCAAUUUGCAAAGAUCUACCAAUGAGGAGCGGCACCACCCCAGGACAGUCACUGGCAGGGGACACAGUCCACACGGUCACCAGAGAGGAAGUGCGAACAGCUUCCCCAAGACCUGGAGGACACUCAGCACAGCGACGGCACAGACUGGUACAGGUGUCUGUCGGUUUGGAAAAGGCAAGAAGGUGGGUGUUGCUGCAGUAGCAAGGGAGAGGCAAAGACUGGGGGAGGAGAGCCUGUCUGCAUCAGCGGGCGGGACACAGGACACCAGCACAGAGGUGUCCUGUUACCCCACACGUCUGCUUCCGAGCGUUUUCACCCAAAAGAACCGGAAGGGCGUCUAGUCUCGAGGUUUGGCAGGGUCCUGAGAGAGAGGACUUAAGUCCAAAGUCAGCCAAACACGUGGAGUCCACUGCCUGGACUGAGAUGGUACCCAAGGGGACGCGGGAGGUGCACGUGGAGCCCUCGGCGCCAGCACUCGAGUAGCUGUGCACUGCUGGCACCAGGGAGAAAGCUGCGCAGCCUCCCAGUGACCCGCAGCCUGGGAGUGGCUCCAAAGACCGGCUUCUCCACGCGAGAGCCGGCUGCUUGGGCCGAGGCCCAGGAGGCCCAGGAGGCCCAGGAGGGGGACCCUUGCAUGGCUGUGCCUCCACCUCUUUCCUUUCUGCAACUUCAUUUCCUGUUACUUCUAUUUUUUUAAAAAAUAUUUAUUUAUUUAUUUGAAAGAGUUUCACAGAGAAGGAGAGGCAGAGAGAGAGAGAGGUCUUCCAUCUGCUGGUUCACUCCCCAGUUGGCCGCAAUGGCCAGAGCUGCGCCGAUCCGAAGCCAGGAGCUUCUUCUGGAUCUCCAGCGUGGGUACAGGGGCCCAAGGUCUUGGGCCAUCUUCUGCUUUCCCAGGCCAUAGCAGAGCUGGAUUGGAAGUGGAGCAGCCAGGAUGCAAACCAGCGCCCAUAUGGGAUUGCAGGAGCUUCAGGCCAGGGCAUUAACCCACUGCACCACAGCGCUGGCCCCUCUAUUAUUAUGUUUUAAGGGUUAUUUCAAAGGUACAGUUACAGAGAGGGAAGAAGAGAAAGAGAGGUCUUCCACCUGCUGGUUCACUCUCCAAAUGGCCACAACAGCUACAGCUGGGUCGAACCAAGGCCAGGAGCUAGGAGCUAUUUUCCUGUGCUUUCCCAGGCCAUAGCAGAGAGCUGGAUGGGAAGAGGAGCAGCUGGGACUCGAACCUGUGGCCAUAUGGGACACUGGCGCUGCAGGCCGAGUUCGCCAUGGCGCCAGCCCCCUCCUGUUACUUCAUUACAAUCAGCUCAAUCAAAUCUGCAAGACGGGCUGUGUGUGUGGCUGCUGGGGGCUGGGGCUGCAGCGCCGAGUGCGCCUGUGACAGGCAGAGCGCAUUUGGGCAGGUGAAGACCUACAUCCUGGAGAGGUGGGCAUGCCACUGCCAACGAUGCAAGCGGGAGGCUCGCUCUUACAUAUAUUUCUCUGCAAUUAAAAACACUGCAUAAAGAAUUUAAAAGAAAUGAGCUACCCUUCUAUCCUGUAACAAAACCCCAGCUGUGGAGACCACCCUCCUCCAUUUCAGACCCCACAGGUCCCCCACACAGACCCUGCUGCCACAGUGCGGUCGCUGACGAGGGCUGGGGACAGAGAUAACCAAGGAAGAGGGAGGGGAAGCCAGAGGAGAGGCGGGAAAGAGAUCGAGAGCUCUGUGUUCCUGGGACGGGGCGGUCAGUGAGAGAAGCAACGUGCGCUGCUCAGCCCUGCGCAGCCCUGGGCUCUGGACCACAGGUUGCAAGGAAACACUUGAAGUUGAACCUGUACUGGGCACGCGGGUUCCUUCCUCAUUAUUCCCUGAACCACCGUCGCGCAGCCGCCGUGCCCAUGCCUGUGCCUCAGGUGCUGGGAGCACACGCGGGACGUGUAGGCCCUGCACACGUGGCCUGACCUUACCGUGCACUGCCUGCGGGCGCCGGGUGGAAAGGUGGCACCUUUUGUUUACACAGCCAGCGUUGCACUGCUCUAACAGGCGACACACACAGGAAGGCUGUUCUGAGCGCUGGGAGCAGGAGAGGUGGCGGCGCCGACUGUGGUUUUGAGGGGAGCCAUCUGGCUGCAUCCCGUGCCCUUCACUCAGCACGGGGCCUUACUGCAUAUUCACCGACUCACCAUCUGGCAUUAGACAUAGAAUUUUCUAGAAAAAGACAGCUUGCCCAAGAUGCUGGGCCCUCCGAGGAUGUGGCCCUGACCCCACCUCCCCCUGCCGGCCACCAUGAUUCUGAGCGUGCCCUGCUGCCAUCCCCUCCUCCACACGCCAUUCAGGUUACAGAGAAAACCCUAUGCAAUUCCAGGGCUGCUCACGACGUCGGCAUCCCGUGUUGGAGCACAGGUCAGGUUCCAGCUGCUCUGCUUCUGAGCCAGCUUCCUACUCACGCACCUGGGGAGGCGUCAGAUGGUGGCCCGAGUGCCUGGGCCUGUCACCCACGUGGCGGAUGGAGCUCCUGGCUCCAGCCUGGCCCAGCCCUGGCUGAUGCAGGCACUGAGAGUGAAGUGGAUGGAGGAUGUGUGUGUGUGUGUGUGUGUGUCUCCCUGUCACUCU